AUGAGCUGGUCAGAAAAUUAUGGCUUCCACUAAGGAGCCCUGGGCCUGAGGCAGGGCAGGACUGCUAUAAAUGCAGCCCAAGUCUCUGCUCUCUCACUCCACUUCUCUCACCUCCUUCUCCUCAGAAAUCAGGUGCAACUGUCACCCCGAGCCAUGUCCUGCUGCAAGCCCUGUGACCCUUGCUGCCAGCCCUGUGGCCCCUGCCCGCUGGCCAGCAGCUGCAAUGAGUGCUGUGUCAGGCAGUGCCAGAGCUCCCACGUUGUCAUUGAGCCGCCUGCCGUGCUGGUGACCCUGCCCGGCCCCAUCCUCAGCUCCUCCCCACAGAACACCGCCGUGGGAUCCUCCACCUCUGCUGCUGUUGGCAACAUCCUCAGCUGUGGCGGAGUGCCCAUCAGCUCUGGGGGCUUUGACAUCUCCUGCAUCACCAACUGCUAUGGCAGCAGUUGUUGUCGUCCCUGCUAAAUCUGCUCCGCGCAUCCUCGGGCAAGAAUCUCCACACCCUCAGAACGUGGAGCUGCACUGAAGAUGGAUCCUUGGAACAAUGGAUUUGUUCUCUUGAUUUACUGCUGGUUUCUUACAUUCUCUUCUCUCCUUUUUUUCUCCCGUCUGCACCACCCAAAGCCAGCCUAGUGGGACCUGUUUGCCUCCCUCCAUCCCUCUGCAGGCCAAGCAAAUGGACACCCCCACUGCACCCCUGUGGCUGCUCCUGGUGUCCUCUUGCAGCUACUUCCUUUUCUUUCUUUGACUCAAUAAAGGUUUUUGCAUCCAAA